ACACUCUCUCUCUCUCUCUCUCACACACACACACUUAGAAACAGACUGUAAGAUGGAAAUAUGUUCACAAGCAAUGAAGAAGAAUGUGAAGAGUUUAGAUGAAAUUCGUAAAUCUGCGAAAUGCCAUCCAUCCGUUUGGGGUGACUACUUUCUCGUGUAUAAUUCAGAUAACACGAAAAUCGCUGAUGCUGAACAAGAAGAACUCGCAAAGCAGAAAGAAAAGGUCAGAAAAUUGUUGGAUCAAACUCCAAAUGAUUCAACGUAUAAAAUGGAACUCAUCGACACGAUCCAGCGCCUCGGUGUGGAAUAUCAUUUUGAAAAAGAAAUUAAGGGAUCCUUGCAAUAUAUUCAUGAAAAUAGCAAAGAAAAGGAUGAUCUCAAUCUCAGCAGUGUGGCUCUUCGUUUUCGUUUGCUUAGACAACAAGGUUACAAUGUCCCAUCUGAUGUGUUCCGCAAAUUCACUGACAGUGAAGGAAAUUAUACGGCGUCGUUGGAAAACAAUGUUGAAGGCUUAUUGAAUUUAUACGAGGCGGCGCAUCUUGGGACACAUGGAGAAGAAAUUCUCGACAGAGCAAUAGAGUUCUGUUCAUCUCAUCUUCAUGCUUCACUCCACAAGAUCACCAGUGCUUCUCUCUCUAAACUUGUCAAGGAAGCUCUGAAGACGCCAAAUCGCAUGAGUCUCACAAGAUUGGGUGCCAGAAGGUUCAUAGCUGCAUACGAGGAAGACGAGUCGCGUAAUGAGACGCUACUGAAUUUUGCGAAAUUGGAUUUCAAUAUUGUGCAGAAGAUGCACCAGAGAGAGCUGAGUGAUGCUACAAGGUGGUGGAAGAAAUUUGACGUGGCGAAUAAAAUGCCUUAUGCAAGAGAUAGAAUUGCAGAAUUGUAUUUGUGGAUGGUGGGAGUCUACUUUGAGCCAUGCUAUGCUAAAGCAAGAAGAAUUUUGCUUAAAUGUAUAAGUAUGGGUUCCAUUAUUGAUGACACCUACGAAUAUGGGUCUUUACAUGAACUACGAAUUCUAACAGACGCUAUUGAAAGAUGGGAUGUUAACGCAACCUUGAAGGAUUCGCCACCGUUUGUUCAAAUGUGCUACAAAAGUCUUAUCGAAAUUUACAGUGAAAUAGAAGAUGAAAUAGCUAUAGAGAGAACCGGAGAAUCAUACCGCAUCCAAUAUGCAAUUCAAGACAUGAAAAAACUCGUGAAGGCAUAUUUUGAGGAGGCGAAAUGGUUGUAUAAUAAUAAUUAUAUUCCAACACUAGAAGAGUAUAUGAAGGUAGCCCUCGUAAGUGCUGGUUACAUGAUGACAUCAACAACUUCUUUGGUGGGUAUGGGAGAUGAAGUUAGCAAAAAAGAUUUCGAUUGGAUUAUAAACGAACCUCUAAUUGUUCGAGCAUCAUCAUUAAUUGCUCGAUUAAUGGAUGACUUAGUUGGAGAUGAGUAUGAGCAAAAACCCUCAUCAGCUCUCUGUUACAUGAGACAAUAUGGUGUGUCGGAGGAGGAAGCUCGAGCUCAACUCAAACAACAAGUGAAGAAUGCAUGGAAAGAUAUGAAUCAAGAAUGCCUUGAGCCAACACUAGCAUCGAUGCCAGUCCUUACGCGCGUUGUCAAUCUUGCUCGCGUCGUGCAUCUCCUCUAUUCAGACGCAGAUUGCUAUUCGGAUCCCAGCAAAUGCAAAGAAUGGGUAAAGGCAGUGCUUGUUGAGCCCCUCACAAUUUGAAGAUAUGAAUCUUGGUGGAAUUAAUAAAUUAAUUAGCUGCAUUUCAAUAAAAGAUUAAAGGAGCUACCUAUUGCCUAGGCCUUGAAUUUAUGGUAUAUGAGUAUGUGGGAUUCUCUAUAUAUUACACCCGUUGUGUAAAAAUAUACUGUAUUUUGAUUAUGAACGUUGAAAAUUAUUUUUAUUAUUUA